GGAAUGAACGCGCUGGCCGUCGUGGGAACAUUGGUGGUGGGUCUUAUCCUGCAGCAUGUGACCCUCGCCACCUAUAUAGAGAACAAAGUAAUGAUCAGUCUACCUCUAAGACAAGUCAGGGAGGUUGGUAACGAGAGACCACGGACAAGCAGUUACACAUCUUCGGAUUAUCAGCUUGAUUAUCUCUUCUACCUGCCGCAUGAAUCCACGGAAGUACUGGCCAACCGUUAUUAUCUCACGAUGCCGCCUGUAGAAGUAAGCAGUACUACGGGUACUUAUGUCACCAUCCUAUACGAUGACCUGAAAGCGAAGUUGGCAAAGCUACUCUAUACCUCGUGGAAUCCAUUUAUGUUUUACCAUGAAACACAUGCGCAGGCAGCCAAGGAUCUUCUUAAUGUGUUCCUCGACGCGGAAGACGAUUAUGAACUCGCAGAACUUGCGCUCAUUGUCCGAGACCAUGUCAACGAAGGCCUGUACAUAUUCGCGCUCUAUAGUGCCGUCUAUGAGAGACCGGACAUAAGUUCUGCAGAUUUACCUCCGCUGGAAACUGUGCUGACGGACCGGUUCGUUCCCACUAAUGUCAUCAACAAAGCGAAGAGAUUGGUCAAAGCCGCUUCGAUUAAUCAGGAUACGGACACGGUCCACGUAUAUUGGCAGCGUAACCAAACGGGCCUCACCACAAGAAACCCCGAGCACAGAGUGGCAUAUUGGCGCGAGGACUUGCACCUUAACAGCUUCCACUUUCACUGGCACCUCACGAAUCCUUUUAACAUCGAGCCCGGCAAGCGAGACCGACGGGGAGAGAUUUUCUACUACAUGCAUCACAACUUGGUGGCGAGAUACAACUUUGAACGUCUGAGUGUCGGCCUCAAGCCAGUCGAACCCUUUGAGGACUGGCGCGCUCCUGUGCAGGAAGGUUAUUUCCCCCACCUCACCGUCGGCAAUGGCUUUGAUUGGGGAAACAGGCAAGACAACACUCUCAUGCAGGAUGUUAUUGGAACAGAUAUGACCGAUGCCAUAUACAUUUCGAAUCUUGAGCUGUGGCGAGCUCACCUGCUCUACUCUGUUGAUGAAAAAUAUUUGAUUAGUAUGAACGGCUCUCAGAUUCGCCUCACAGAUGACCCAAGCCCUGGCCAACCGUACGGCAUUGACCUCGUCGGCGAAGCGUUGGAGGCAGGUGCAAGUGUGAAUCCCCCCUACUACGGCAGCAUCCACAACAACGGGCAUAUGUUGCUUAGCGGUUGCAAUGACCCAGAGCAGAAACACAUGGGGAACCCUGGUGUGAUGGCAGGCACAGAAACAGCCGUGAGGGAUCCGGUCUUUUUCCGUUGGCACGGCUUUGUCGAUAAGGUUUUCCAUAGGUACAAGAUGACGCAGCCUCCAUACACGCCAGACCAGCUGUCCGUGGGCGUGGAAGUGUUGGAGGUCACGGUGCAGGAGGACAACGGUGACCCAUAUGAACUUCACACUUUCUUCACAAACAGCACUUUUGUCGCGUCGCAUCGAAUCGAUUUCAAUGUGGAUCCGAAUAGUAACAUUACCGUGCUCUUGACGUCAGACUUCCUAAACCAUACGGACUUCACCUACCACAUCACGGUCAAUAACACGAAGACUGACGAAUUGAGGCCCAAAGUGCGAAUCUUCCUGGCACCGAAAUUCGAUGAAGAAGGACAACAGCUUACCUACGCUUCACUGUUACGAUACUGGACGGAGAUGGACGUAUUCGAAGCAGAUCCGAUUGCCCCUGGCGUCUCCAACAUCACAAGGCUUUCCAGUGAGAGCAGUAUCAUAUCAAACGACACCAAUCCCGAAUACUCCGGCUGCCACUGGCCCCGGAGUCUCCUUCUGCCUCGAGGUAAGCCAGAUGGCAUGGCUUUCCGGCUCUUCGUGAUGAUCACUGACGCCGACCAGGACAAGCCAUUGCAAGGUGGCAAUGAUCUUCCCCCAAGCUUUUGCACUUUUUGCGGUAUCCCUGGUGCCACAUACCCCGAUCGCUGGCCCAUGGGGUACCCACUGGACAGGAAGAGCAUAUAUGGCACAAUCGAUGAAUUCGCGGACGCCUAUUCCAACAUGAGGUAGUCGACGUUAUCAUAUAUCAUGCGGAGGAGCCAGAGGAAGAGGAGUACCCGGAAACCUAAGUUCUAUAUCUGUGUCGGGGGUUGUGUGUCAGUCGUUGGUCCUAUGUGUAGGGUAGUAGUUCUCUCUCUCUCUUUUUCUCUUUUUCUCUCUCUCUCUCUUUUUCUCUUUUCUCUCUCUCUCUCUUUUUCUCUUUUUCUCUCUCUCUCACUCCGAAGUAUAUCUUUUGUGAGAAAGUUUGCGUGACGUCACAGGGCACAGGAGCUAAUGACAUCACAUUCUCAAAAAUAUCCGUCAAUCACAGGACCACCUUUGACCAUUGUGAACCUCGAAUUACAUAUUAAAUAAAACCUGAGAAAUGA